CGUUGUAACAUUUACGUGACAGACGCGUAGGCAGUUGGUAAUAGCUGCUCUCGUUUCGGGAAUAUUCCACACACAAAAAAUAAAUAAGAAGUGCCAGUGCUUAAAAUAAAAAUUAUAUGAAAACAGUUUGCUUUUUGCCGUUAGCUUUCAAAUGAUAAAUAAAACACAAAAUCUAAACAAUAAAAACCACUCACUGCUUUUUUAAAUAUAUAUGAAAUCGAGUUGAAAAUUUAAAGAAGUCAGAAGUAAGAAAUAAAAAUGUGUAAUUUCACAAAUAGAAUUAUUUACUAAAUAAAGCUGCGAAAAUGUGCUCAGCAAACAUUUUAUAAAUCACACGACUCAAUUUUAAAACAAAAGGCGACCAUUAUAAGAAAAUUAUUUGAAAAAGUAAACCAAAGCCCACCAACACAACAUGCAGCCCAGCAAAUAUGUGGGCCUUGUGGCCGACUUGAUGCCCAACAUUCGUCUUAUGAAAUACUCGGGCUUAUUUAUGCACAAUUUCACCGGCGGUUCAGGUCUCUUCAAGAAGAUUUACUCGUCCAUACACUUGGUGCUGGUUCUGGUGCAAUUUCUGUUGAUACUGGUGAAUUUGGCGUUGAAUGCGGAGGAGGUGAAUGAGUUGUCCGGCAACACGAUUACGGUGCUCUUCUUCACACAUAGCAUAACGAAAUUCAUCUAUCUGGCUGUAAGUCAGAAGAACUUCUACAGAACAUUGAAUAUCUGGAAUCAGGUAAACUCGCAUCCAUUGUUCGCCGAGUCGGACGCACGCUACCAUGCGAUCGCCCUCGCCAAGAUGCGUAAACUAUUCACCUUGGUGAUGCUGACGACCGUCGCCUCGGCUGUGGCUUGGACUACCAUCACCUUCUUUGGCGAAAGUGUGAAGUUCGCCUUUGAGAAGGAGACGAAUUCGACCAUCACCGUAGAAAUCCCGCGUUUGCCCAUCAAGUCGUUCUAUCCAUGGAAUGCCGGUGCGGGCAUGUUUUAUAUUAUAAGCUUCGCUUUUCAGUGCUACUAUCUGCUUUUCUCCAUGGUGCAUGCGAACUUGUGUGAUGUACUUUUUUGCUCAUGGCUGAUUUUCGCCUGCGAACAGCUGCAACAUUUGAAAGGCAUUAUGAAGCCAUUAAUGGAGCUGUCAGCCUCACUGGACACCUAUCGGCCAAAUUCGGCGGCACUCUUUCGUUCAUUAUCCGCCAACUCGAAGUCGGAAUUAAUCAACAAUGAGGAGAAGGAACCCACUGAUCUGGACAUCAGCGGCGUCUAUAGCUCGAAAGCCGAUUGGGGUGCACAAUUUCGUGCGCCAUCGACUCUGCAAACCUUCAAUGGCAUGAACGGUACAAAUCCGAAUGGUUUGACAAGAAAGCAGGAAAUGAUGGUGCGCAGCGCCAUAAAGUACUGGGUCGAGCGACAUAAGCACGUGGUGCGAUUAGUUGCAGCAAUUGGUGACACUUAUGGCGGCGCUUUGUUGUUGCACAUGUUGACAUCCACCAUUAUGCUGACGUUGUUGGCAUAUCAGGCCACCAAAAUCACCGGCGUGAAUGUGUACGCUUUCACAACCAUCGGCUACUUGGGCUAUGCCUUGGCGCAGGUAUUUCACUUCUGCAUAUUUGGCAACCGGCUCAUUGAGGAGAGCUCAUCCGUUAUGGAGGCAGCCUAUUCGUGCCACUGGUAUGAUGGCUCCGAGGAGGCCAAGACUUUUGUUCAGAUCGUUUGCCAGCAGUGCCAAAAGGCGAUGUCCAUAUCGGGAGCGAAGUUCUUCACUGUCUCGCUGGACUUGUUUGCAUCGGUUCUUGGCGCUGUGGUCACCUACUUCAUGGUGCUGGUGCAAUUGAAGUAGAAAAAACUUACAACAACAACAAAAACAAAAACAACUCUCUGCACCCAUAUAAUAAGAUUAUAAAUUUUUAUUAUGACAACAACAACAAUAAACAGCGCAAAAAAUACAUCAAACCUACCCAGUCGCAGCGCGUGAGAGGCAACAUUCGCUAGAAUUAUCAGCAAAUUGGGUGCACCCAUCGGGCGUGUAAUAUUUACAAUAACAACUAUAAAACUAUGUUUAUGAAGCAGUAAAAAUAACGGAGAAAUUUGGCAACGUUAACUUUUGUCUGGCGGAGAAUUUGUUUUUAAAGGAAUUAACGCCAGUGCCUAUGUCAGGGUACAGAUUACAAAUACAUUACAUAUACUGAUGAGCAAAAUUUUAGCAUAAGGAACGGCUUUUUUUUGAUCGAGCUCCAAUUUCGCCAUGUUUAUUUUAUUUAUUUAUUUUUAUAUAUUUUCUUGUGAAAUUUUAAUAAUAACUUCAAAAAACUACAAAUAUUUAUAAAUGCACAUUAGGGUGUCCCUUAUUAUACAAGUUGAUUUUUUUAGCUAACGAAACUGAAGUGUCAAUUUUUGCCCUAAAACUACGCUCAAAAGUAAAAAAGUACUUUAUUUUUAAUUUAAACCGUGCCUAAAUACUUUUAUUUUUCCUAUUUAUAUAACGCAGGAUUUUUUGUUCUCUCACUUUCCCUCUAAUUGCUAAAUUUGCUAAAUAGUGCAGGUAUUUGGAAACAGCGGAGAGCAAAUCAUUUGUACUUAGAAGCAUAUAUUGAAAUAGUUAAGACCUCCACUUUAUCAACCUUUUCACUCAGAAAAAGGCCUUGAAGAUAGCUGACCGAAUAAAUGAGUGCCUUAUCUAAAAUUUUUGUCUUCUUAAAGGCUGUAAGUAGUUGGAAAGGCCUUAAGUUUUAAGAACUUCUUCAUUCUGCAACAAAAACAUUUUGGAACAUCGCUUUUUUCAGCUGUAAUUUCAAAAAAAUUUAUUUAUUUUAAUAUCUAUAAGCUUCCACUUAUAUUCAUAACUUUAAAGGUUGUUGAAGUAGUAGCCUACCCAUUUUUGUGACGGACAUAUCUGCCUUUUAACUAAGUUAAUACAAACAUUUUCUUAAAACUUUAUAUUUUGUGCUUUCGAUAAAGAUAACAGUAAGUUCAAAAGCUCGUUUAAGCUAUUCUCAGUCUCUAUAGAAAUUGCUACAAUUUCGCUCGUCAGUGUACGGCAAAUUAUAUAAAGUGACCAAGUCCUUGGAAAGCUUUUUUAAAAUGUCAGCAAAAUAACUUUGCAAAAUAGUUUGUACAAACAAUAUUAAUGAUUUUGUCCAGAUUUUCCAGUGAAUACCGUUAAUUUGAGAAUUUUAUGUGAGUCGCAUAUUUACAUACAUAUAUAUGUAUAUGUACCUUAAUAUUUAACUAAUAGUUUUAUAUAUUUUUAGAAAAUCGUUUUGAUGUUAUGCAGUUUUAUGAAACAAGCACAUUUUAUUUGUUAAAUAUAAAUUAUGUAACUAUGCCAUAAGUCACCGCAAAACACGCAUAGAACAAAUUUUCUUUAGUGAAGAGUACAAUAAAGGAAGUAGUGCAUCACUUGACUACAAAAA